AAGACAUCAUGGCAUCAGUUCUCAAAAACAUUGGAUUAAUACUUAUUAUUGUGCUUCACAUAAAAUACAUUCAACCAUAUCCAGCCGAUGUGUUGAUUGAUGAAAUGCAGGAAGAAGACGAUGGAACGAUUGACUUGAGUCGUUUUGGUGAUGCAAUUUUUGGCGAUCCUGAUGAAAGUGUUGGUAGAAUGGUUGAUGAGUGGACACCAGAAAGUGGAACGAAUGCAGAAGAAUUAGGAAAUUAUUUUGAAGGUGACAUUUUAAUUCCAUUUUCUGAAGCUCGAAACGGAUUAGUAAAGGAAUCAUCAAGAUGGAGAAACAAUAUCAUUCCUUACGUCUUUCAUAGUUCUGUUUCUAGCCAAGACAGGAGUUUAAUUAAUCAGGCUAUUAAUGAAUACCAUGCAAAGACAUGCCUUAAAUUUGUUCCUCGAUCAUCUGAAAAAGAUUACAUUUCGUUUGAGUCAUCAAGUUCUGGAUGUUGGAGUUCAGUUGGUAGAAUUGGUGGCAAGCAAUCUCUUAAUUUGCAAUCUGGAGGAUGCACAAGAAUCGGAACAAUUGAACAUGAAAUGAUGCACGCGCUAGGAUUCCUUCAUGAACAGAAUCGCUAUGAUCGUGACGAUUUUGUGACAGUCAUCAAGCAGAAUAUUAAGCCAGAUACACUUCCAAACUUUGAGAAGGCAAGAUAUGGAGAAACAACUGCGUAUGAUGUAACUUAUGACAAAGGUUCAGUUAUGCAUUAUUCUCCAACUGCAUUUAGUAGAAAUGGACAGAAAACAAUUCUUUCUAAGGAUCCUACAGGAGAGGAAACGAUGGGUCAACGAGAAGGUUUUGCGGAAAGUGAUCUAAUAAGAAUCAACAGACGUUAUUGUGGAGGUUUAAAUCCAGGACAAAGUAGACCUCCUGGACAGUCAGGAUUUACAGAAGGCAAUGGGAGCCCUUCAUAUAUAGACUACAUUGAUAAUGGAAUUCCACCAAAUUAUCCAAACUAUGGUGGAUUUCCAAUGUAUCCACAAGGUCCUCCGUUUGGUGGACAGCCUCAACAUCCUCAAGGACCUCCAAAUAAUGCUUAUCCACCACCAAAUCCUUAUCCACAACCUCAACGACCACCUAGACCAUUUAGACCAUUUUUCAGACCUUCAAUAUUUGGAUAAUGUCAAAUUAAAUAAUUUUUGUUCAAUAAAGUAUUUUACAGCUU